AUGUAUAACAUCUAUGAAGCAAUCAAAACACUUGAUUCAAAAGGGGAAAUAACUACACUACGAACUUUCUUCACUAAUAAUCCAGAAAAAAAAGUUGAAGCGGAACAUAUCCUUCCUACAUGUGAAGAUAAUGAAGAGGUGGUUGCUUAUUUCAAAGAUCUCUUAAAACCUGAUAUGUUCUCUCUUAGCCGUGUCAUAUUUGCUAAUAAUACCAAACACUUACUUAAACUUGCUUUUUUUUUUCUUCUUUUCAUCAUCAACCUGCACAAAAAACACAUUCAUGUUAUCGUAGAUCAAUCAUCUAGCACUGGUAAAUGUUUACAGUUAAUACCAAUUUUUCCGUCUAAUUCUACUGUCGCAAAAUCUGGCUAUGAAUUUCUUGUCUGUUGCGAAGCUCCUGGUAUCGAGGAUGCAAAUUUACAAUUGGAAGGGAGGAAUCAUUCUUCAUAUCAAGAAACUAAAAAGGAAAUUUUCAAGAAAUUAUUGUAUGUAUUGGGAUCAUAUAUAAAGUCAAAUAUCAACUUUAUUCAAACAUUUCUGUCUGGGACGGCAUUACAAGAUGUCGUUCAGCAGAAAGAACUGACAAUAUAUACUUUCGAUUAUAUCAAUUAUCCUCUUCUCUCAAUGACUGCCUGUAUCGAGAUAGUGGAUCAUUUCGCAAAACAAUAUGGUGAUACUGAGUUCCGGUGGUAUCUUGAUCGACCAUUUAUAAAAAUCCUGGAUGAUGCCCGUGGUCUUCCACGUGCAAUUGAAUAUAUUCUCAAUGAUGUUUUAGGUACGAGUCACAAUAAUGCAAAAAAAUUUUCAGGGAUAGAAUCAAAGGUCAAUAUCUUCAACAAUCAUCCGAUUGCUUCAUCAGGAUUGCAGUUUCAGAAAGUGUUGAUGAAUGAUGACAAUUGUUUAUUCACUUAUGGGAAACUAGAAAGAGAUCAACAUAUCAUUCUGGAAGAAAUCAAUAAACAACUUUCGAUCACUAUGCCAGUAUAUUUCAUUUAUCUUUACAACAAAGUACUCAAACUUGCUGAUGGUAUUCUUGCCAAUAUGUUAAAGCCAGAUUCAGAUGGAAUGGAAACAUUGGGAAUUAUUUGUCACACAUUUUGA